CAGGCAAAACUUUGACCAAAGACCACGUGCUCCAUUUAUAUCAACCACAAAUCACUACCAUAGUACCAUACCGUGCUAUAUCUAGUGUGUUUACCCUUCUCUCCCAUUGUGUGUGAUGUGCGAAACAAAAGCAAUUGAGACAACACAUAAAAACAAAGAAACAAUGGCAAGGGUAAGGGAGAAGCUAUACGUCACCGUUCCGAGCCCUUUUCGGUGCCCAAUCUCAAUGGACGUGAUGAGGUCCCCUGUAAGCCUGUGCACCGGCGUCACAUACGAUCGCUCCAGCAUCCAGCAGUGGCUUGAAUCAGGUCAUGACACGUGUCCAGCCACCAUGCAGGUCCUUCCCUCUAAGGACUUCAUCCCCAACCUCACCCUCCAUCGCCUCAUCCGUCUCUGGCUCCUCUCCGGCGAACCUUUCUCGCCGGAGUCCCGAUCCUCCGGCGACCACCUCCGCGUUCUCCUCCGCGAAAUCCAAACCGGAGCCGAAGACCUCGCCGUUUCCCUCUCCAAAAUCGCCGAAUUCGCCAAAAUUUCCGGCGAGAAUCGCCGCUUACUUGCGACUUUCCCUGGCUUCGACUCCGCGAUCGUUCGUGCUCUAGCCGGAAGCAGUUCCCGGAUUGACGCGUCGGAGAAUGCGAUCUCGAUUUUGGAUUCGGUUUUCCGAGCAAACGGAGAUGCGGCCUCCGGCGCCGGAGAGCGAGUACGACGGUUGAUUCUUGAUACUCGCGAAGAAUGCUUCGCUUCGAUCGUUUUCGUUCUGAGAAACGGCUCUCUGAAAUCGAAGAUCGAAACUGUUAGGGUUUUGGAGUUUCUCGCCGGCGAUGAUUUCCGAUCGAAGCGGUGGAUCGCCGAAACGCGAGGUUUGUUGUCGUUGCUCGCGAGCUUUUUCAGCGACGGUGGCAACGAGGAGCUAAACGACGCCGUUUUGUCGCUACUAGUUGUCGUUUCGGUGACUCAGUCAGCGAAGGUGGAACUUGUCCGUUCCGGACUUGUCGAGGCGGUUUCGAAGACGCUGGUGAGCGCAGGUUCGACGACGGCGGAGAGGUGCCUGAGGAUGCUGGCGGUGGUGGCGACGUGCGCGGAAGGUAGGGCGGCGAUGGCAGCAGAACCGUCGUGUGCGGCGGCGGUGCUGGAGAGGCUGGCGAAGGCGCCUAAUGCUGCGGCGGAAGACGCGGUGGCAGUGCUGUGGAGCCUGUGUUGUUUGUGCGGUAACGUGAAGGUGAGGGAUGACGUGGCGAAGCGAAACGGCGUCGUGGUGAUCCUCUUGGUUAUGCAGAGGGGUUACGAGGAGCACGUGAGGAGCAUGUGCGUCGAUUUGAUUAAGGCUCUCAAGGGUGCGUGCAAGGACGGGUUGCAAUUAGCACUGGGAAGCUAUGACACCAAAACCACUCAUAUUAAGCCUUGCUAAUGUUAUAUUAUUGUAAAUGCAGUAGUACCCAUUCUUUAUUUUGUUGAAUAGUUGAACCAUCUUUUUGCAUGCAACAAAAAAUUGUUUCAUGUUGAUGUAUAUUUGUA